AUGUCUGUUUGGAGAAAGGCUGGUUUAACUUACAACUCUUACUUGGCGGUAGCUGCUAAGACCAUUCGCUCAGCUUUGAAGACUGAAUUACAAUCUGCCGCUAUUUUAGGUAGAUCCGUCACUGAAGCUAAGAUUAUUGAAUAUAAAACACCUGGCGCAGCCUCUGAACCUGUUCCAUUAAAGAAUUAG